GGACGUGUGACAGAUUUUCAUUUCGAUUUGGUUCUGCUCGCACCAAGGAUCCCGAUUUGAAAAAGAAGUGGGGUUCUUUUUUGUCUUCUGUAUUUGUGUUCAUGCUUACUUAGUCUGUUAUAAUCGGGAUAUCUAGGUCAAGUUUAACACUGACCAUAGGAUAGAGCUUUGUCACGUAUUCAUUCGGAGUGCGUCUGCGGGUCGAUCUUCGCGGGUCGCGAUGGAGCGCGCGGAGAAGACGCUCGCUCUGGUGAUGACUGCGCUCAUGAUGAGCCAGGCGUCCGUCAAUGCUGAUCUUCUCUCCACCACCACCACCACAACCACCACCACCCCAGUACUCCACGUGGCUCUGGGCAAGUCCGUCUCGUUCCCCUGCACCGUCCGGGAGUUGAGGGGGGCGCGGCUGUCUUGGAGGCACCUCGGGGACCCGGGGGCGCUCCCCGAAGGGGGUGUCGCGGGCCCCGGGGGUCCCGGUGACCCCGGUGACCCCUGGGACUCUGGGCACCUGGUCAUUCCCUCGGUGGGGCCGAGCGACGGGGGUCGCUACGAGUGCGUGGAGAGCCCCUCGGGAAAGGUCCUCUCGGCCGUGCGCAUCGUGACCGGAGAGCCUCCGGCUGCUCCGACUGAUCUCAGGUGCCGUGCACGGAACCUGGCGGCUUGGGAGUUCAGCUGUUCGUGGAAACUCGGGGACGGGAAGAACCCCCUGGAGAACAUCACUGCCACCUACAGUCACGAUUUCCUAGAACAAGGCCGUGACCUCGAGUGCAAGGUGGCCGAGGGCCUCAGCUGCACGGCACACCAAAUCGUGAUGUUCACCACCAGCCCCUUCCGCGUCACGGUGCGCGCCCGCAACGCCUUCGGGGAGAGCAGCGCCGCCAUCAUCAGCUUCGAGUUAGAUGACAUCGUGCAGCCUGACCCGCCGCAGUCCGUGCGCGGCUACCACAACCCCACGGCUCCCUCCGAGGUCAUCAUCACCUGGGAGUCUCCCGCCACGUGGAGCGAGGCCAACAUCUUCAUCCUGCACUAUCGAUUGCGCCACCGCUCCCUGCACCAGCGCCACUUGAAAGAGGUCCAGGUUCCAUACGACAGUAAAGAAUAUUUGAUUACGGACGCUCAUCCCGGGACCGAACACGUUGUGCAGAUGUCUGCCAGGUACGACGUGCGAGGACAGUGGAGCGAGUGGAGCCAGGAGGCACGCGUGGCCCCGUGGAUGCAAACAACGAGCGACAGGCCUGGUGAGCGCACGACUGCGGAUGUUUACGAGGAGUACUCGGAUGAGCCGACAGCUGCGGUUGAAGUGAUGGCGAAUUACGCGAUCUACUCAGUCGCGGGGUUGACUGGAGCCCUCGUCCUCGUCUGCCUCGUCGUGCUUGGAUCACGGCGAUUGAUGCUCAGAAAAGACGACAUUCUGGCGUCGGAUAACACGGAGAGCAGUCUGGGAAACGACUUCCGCGACAGUUUCGACCCCUGCCAAAGACUUCGCGUGUAAGGCCCACACGGCUAUCUUGCUCUUUUUCGGAAGCGACCUGAUCACAAGUGUCAGCUCGACGAUUUGCUCUUUACCGCGUGGAAAUUUAUAAGCAGGAGCCAAAUACUCUCAACGCGUGUAUCUUAACGCGGAGAGGACCCGGAUAAUAAUCCACGCGAGCCCACAUAUUUCACCAACUUAUUCACCAUCUCAUCAAUCGUUGGCAACAUUUUUAAAGUAAUGUUUUAACAUGUUAUCGAUCAUUGAGGAUAUAUAUGCAAUAAGGUUGUCAAAAUAUUGGAGAAUAGCAAACAAAGAAGUACAUAUCAUGCCACAUGCAUGUACUUAGAGAUACAAAUGUAUACACGUUACCAAAGACAGAGACAUGGCCCCGUAUCACCUUAACAGGCUGUUGGGGCAAGUGCUGUUCGCAACAACCACCUAUGAAGGCCGGCACGGCACACGAAAGGGUGGGUGGCCGAUACCUCGCCCGACCGCCUUUUUCUUCCUCCUGCCGAUGUUUUUACACAUCGCACCAGGUACUCAUUUGAGGCUGAGUCGACCUAGGGGAGGCCCGGGACGGGUUCAGAUAAUCGCCACUGGUGGUGUUGGUGGUGUUGGUGGUGGUGGCCGACAACAGAGGCAAAAGUCCACACAGAUUUCGACAUUUAGUGUCUCAUCAGCAGGAUUCAGCCUUAAAUGAGUGUAACACUUAUAUGAAAAAUAUAUAAUAGACGACGUUUCGAGCAAUGUCCCUUCUCCAUAGCAUACAACAACAAAUUUGCUCCGAAUUUCUUUUAUUUCUAAAAUGUACCAUGAGCAAGGUCCAUUGUCCGAAACGUCGCCUAUCAUGUAACGUAUGCAUAUCAAUUUUAAGGCCGCGGUGUUAUUGACGAAUGUGUUGAGUUGUUAGUUUGUUUGUUGUUGUUUGUUUGUGUUUGUGCACCACUGCCAACUCGGCAGCAUCACCAAAGAAUUUGCACGUAUAUGUAUACGUAUGUACGUAUGCGCCACGCUCGCGUACACGUGCGCAUAGCUACGACUGAUAUUCGACCACGUGGCAUACUUCUCAGAACUAUCGUCCGCCCGUAAACGUUACAGCGCUCUCGGUGACCGAAAAAGCUUCACGUAACCGAACCGUUUGCGCAGUGGCAAGUAGACGAAAAUGCAUCAGCUGAGUUCUCCUCUCGAACCAAUGUCUAACAGGGAGGGACCCUUGCCUAUAAUCAUCCGGCAGCUGUCCAAUAUUGCUUCAAGCAAAGCUUGACUUGCGCUCCUGAUGAGACGCCUUGCCUAAGCACACCUGGGAGAAAUUGAGCAGCAUUGGUGCAAACAGAGCCUGGAGACUGCUGAUGAGACACUGCGCGUCGAAAUGGGUGCGGACUUUUGCCCGCGCUGAACCAAUCGCCGCUGAAAGUGGAACCCCAGCCAGAAAGAAGGCGGCGAUUGUCGUCGAUGGGAUGUGCAAAGGCGUAAAAUAAAACAAUUUAAUACGCGGCGGGACACAAAUAGGAAUAAAAUCCUUCAACAGGA